AUGCAUUGGAAGUAUAUAAGCGCCCUGCUUGCCGUCCUCGCAAAUCUAGGUGAAUGUUGGCCUUAUGAUGAGGCUCUUGUCGACUAUAAUAUCAAUGAAAAUCCCGACACAAGGAACCCAGACGAGUACUGGGGUGAAUGGCCCAAUCACACAUAUUUCCCGUCUCCAGAUAACUGGCGUUUCCCAGUAUAUACCUUAUUCCUCGACCGCUUCGUGAAUGGCGAUCCAACCAAUGAUAAUAUAAAUGGGACCCAUUUCGAGCAUGAUCUAAAUUCAAAUCAGAUGCGUCAUGGCGGCGACGUAUCCGGAUUGGUUGAUACCCUAGAUUAUCUCCAGGGAAUGGGCAUCAAGGCUAUAUAUUUGGCCGGAACAAUUCUCAUGAACCAGCCAUGGGGAUCUGACGGCUACUCGGCACUUGAUACCACAUUGUUGGAUCAGCACUUUGGUACUUUGCAAAAUUGGAGAGACGCCAUCACUGAGAUCCACAAUCGUGGGAUUUAUGUCAUUCUUGAUAAUACUGUUGCGACAAUGGGCGACUUGAUUGGAUUUAAAGGAUACCUCAAUACUACCACGCCGUUUCUGCUCAAAGAGCACAGCGCUCAAUGGAAGUCAGACCGCCAGUAUGUCGAUUUCCACUUCGGAAACACCUACAACGAAACUUGUCAAUAUCCCCGAUUUUGGAAUGAGACCGGCUUCCCUGUUUCAGAAUAUGUCAAUGAACAGCUACAAGGGUGUUUCGACAGUGACUUUGACCAAUAUGGUGAUAUCGAAGCCUUCGGUGUUUAUCCUGACUGGCAGCGUGAGCUUGCGAAGUUUGCCUCGGUUCAAGACCGUCUGCGUGAAUGGGUCCCAAGUGUCAGAGAGCGGCUCACCCGCCAUUCCUGCAUGAUAAUUUCUUCCCUUGACAUCGAUGGUUUUCGCUACGACAAAGCGACACAAGCGACAGUGGAUGCAUUGGGCGAUAUUUCUGGGUCCUACCGUGAAUGCGCUCGUAAAGUUGGAAAAAACAACUUUUUCCUCCCAGGGGAGAUCACAGCUGGGAACACUCUAGGUUCAGUCUUCCUAGGUCGCGGCCGGCAGCCAGACAUGCUCCCAGAGACCCUCGACGAAGCCUUCCGUUUAAAUAACAACUCCGAUCCAUUUUUUUUCCUUUGCGAGGAGAACCAGCAAGCCAUCGACGGGGCUGCUUUUCAUUAUUCCGUUUAUCGAUCCCUAACUCGUUUUCUGGGCAUGGACGGUAAUCUCGCUGCUGGCUACGAUGUCCCCAUUAAUUGGACAGAAGCCUGGUACGAGAUGAUCCUUACGAACGACAUGGUCAACGCGAAUACUGGCAAAUUCGAUCCUCGACACAUGUAUGGAGCGACAAAUCAGGAUGUCUUUCGCUGGCCAGCUGUUGAGCAAGGCAUUGAACGGCAUUUACUAGCUUUGUUCAUAAUCACAUUGCAUAUGCCUGGCAUACCGUUGUUGCUUUGGGGCGAGGAGCAAGCAUUCUACAUAUUAGAUGCUACAGCUUCCAACUACAUUUUUGGUCGCCAAGCAAUGUCACCUGCUACCGCAUGGAAAGCCCAUGGUUGCUUCCAGUUGCCUUCAACUCAGUAUUAUAAUUGGCCAAUUGGGUCAGGGCGAAAUGGCUGUCACGACGAAAGUGCAACCUACGAUCACCGCGAUCCUGCACAUCCAAUGAGAAAUACCAUCAAACACAUGUAUCAAAUGCGGCAAGACUUCCCAGCUCUCAAUGACGGUUGGUGGAUACAGCUUUUGUCCAACCAAACACACGAUGUGUACCUGCCAGGCUCUAACGGGAUUCCAACCGAAACAGGCAUGUGGUCUAUCAUGCGCAGUCCAUACUUCCAAAUGCAGGAUCUUGGAGAAUCCGGAAACCAAACAGUAUGGUUCGUCUAUCAAAACGACAACCGUACUGUUACCUAUGAUUUUGAUUGCUCUGAUCGACACUUAGCCCUGGUUGCUCCAUUUGAUACGAAUACCACUGUCAAGAAUCUCUUCUAUCCACAUGAUGAGUUCGUUUUGAAAAAUGGCCCAACUAAGCUACAUCUCAAUGGGUCCACUGCUUGGAAUGGAUGUCUUGACAAUUUGACUCUUUCGCCUUAUGAGUUCAGAGCUUAUGUUCUGAAGAAAAAUUUCGUGCCUCCUCGGCCAAUGGUUACAAAAUUUACUCCCGGUCACGAUGUUCCCGUGCUGUCGACCGCACGACCUGGAGAAAGCGAGAAGCUUGAUAUUGCCCUGUACUUUUCUACGGAGAUGAACUGCAACUUGGUAACACAAUCUAUAUCUCUGAGUUCGUCCACGGAAUCUGGACAAUCCCCAUUUUUGGACCUCGAAACAGUUGAUUGUGGUCUUGUAGAUGACAGACAGACAUCUUAUACAGGACAUAUCCCUAGCACAUGGGUCUGGACAGCCACUUUGAAUAAUGUCUUCAAUGGAGUGCACAGGCUGACUAUCAGAAAUGCAACAAGCAAUGAGGGAAAACCCACUAAUUCAAUCGAUCAUUUUCUGAUUCGCAUUGGACAGCGUGACAAUCCGAUAGUCUUCACCGCUGCCAAUUACUCUAGCAGCUUGCUUCAUCAACAUGGAAAUGGAACCCUCUAUAUUCAACAGCAUGCUGCUGGCGCGGAUCUGUACCGCUACUCCACCAACUGGGGAAGCACAUUCUCAAAGUGGUUAUCGUAUGUGGGUGGAAACCACUCAAUCAAAGAGCAACAUUGGUCAGGAACAAAGAAACAGAGGUGGAAUGGGAAGCACGUUCGUGUUGAGUACUGGAAUCGCUUCACGGGUAGCAGUGACUACGUUCAAGAAGGUGAUGGACCUGGAUAUAAUAAUGCAGCUCCCAGACGAUUUCCUCAUCUCUUCUUUAACGGUCCUUUCAACGAGUACGGCUACGAUUCAGGUCUCGCAAACACCGUGAAGCAAGACAGCCAUGGCCUUUGGAAUUUCCGUUUUAUGGCAGAAUGGCCUGCUCAGGGUCAACUUAAUAUCUGGGGAAUCAACCCUGACGGGCAUCCUGACCAAAGCUACAUUUUUGGUGACUCAAAUGGUGAUUCGGUAUUAGAUCGUCUACCACCAUCGUCCUUAAGUACGACAACUAUCAACAUAACAGACCAUCCUCCAAAACCCUACUUGGCUUGGAGAAUUCAGCUUGACGAUGCUACACUCAAAUUUAAACUUGUACCAGCAGGAUCUCAAUAUGUCCAAAUGGCGCUCUUCUUUUCGUUGUGGCUCGUGCCAGUCAUCACGGCCUUCACCUGCGCCUACAUCUUCAAGAAAACAUUCUACAAGAUCAAACUCAAUCAAGUCGGGGUUAGCGAAAAGAAAACAAUUAUAUCUCUGAAUAUUCUGAACAGGUUCAAAUUCGAGCCCGGUGACUCCAGAAAUCUACUUGUCCGCCUUGCAACCAAGUCAAAAUUCCUUCAAAGCACAUCUGCUUUCGGCAACCGUACCUCAAACCGGCGAAAGGUGUUAAUUGCGACCAUGGAAUAUGACAUUGAUGACUGGGGGAUCCGAAUCAAAAUAGGUGGAUUGGGCGUGAUGGCUCAAUUGAUGAGCAAACAGCUUGGCCAUCAAGACCUCAUUUGGGUCGUUCCAUGUGUUGGCGGGGUCGAAUACCCUAUCGACAAACCGGCCGAGUCAAUGUUUGUUAACAUUCUUGGGAACUCAUAUGAGGUCAAGAUCCAAUACCACAAUCUAAGAAACAUUACUUAUGUUCUGCUUGAUGCUCCGGUUUUUCGUCAACAGUCUAUGAAGGAGCCAUAUCCUGCCCGAAUGGAUGAUCUCGACAGUGCUAUUUACUACUCAGCGUGGAACCAGUGCAUCUCGCAAGCUAUCAAGAGAUUUCCCAUUGACCUAUACCACAUUAACGACUACCAUGGCUCAAUUGCCCCAUUAUACCAGUUACCAGAUACAGUCCCCAUUUGUCUCUCGCUCCACAAUGCUGAGUUUCAAGGCCUAUGGCCCAUGAGGACGCAGAAGGAAAAGACCGAGGUAUGCUCAGUCUUCAAUCUUGAUAUGGACACUGUUACUCGCUAUGUGCAAUUUGGUGAAGUAUUCAACCUAUUACAUGCCGGUGCAAGCUAUCUACGCCUUCACCAACAAGGAUUUGGUGCAGUGGGGGUAUCUAAGAAAUACGGCAAGCGGUCUUACGCCCGUUUCCCCAUCUUUUGGGGCUUGAAGAAGGUCGGAAACUUGCCAAAUCCAGAUCCUUCCGACACUGGAGAAUGGAACAAGGAACUUGCGAAAGAGCGCGAUAUUAGUGUUGACAGUGAAUUCGAAAUUCGCAGAGCGGAAUUGAAACGACAGGCUCAGGAAUGGGCUGGUCUUAACCAAAUUCCCAAUGCUGAUCUUCUGGUCUUCGUUGGAAGAUGGUCUAUGCAAAAGGGAAUUGACUUGAUUGCCGAUGUUAUGCCUGGCGUGCUCGAAUCACGACCAAAUGUUCAAUUGAUAUGCGUCGGCCCAAUCAUUGAUUUAUACGGCAAGUUUGCGGCAUUGAAAUUGGACCGUAUGAUGAAGCUCUACCCGAAGCGAGUGUUUUCGAAACCCCAGUUUACGGUACUACCUCCUUUUAUAUUUUCUGGCACUGAAUUCGCCUUGAUACCGUCUCGCGAUGAACCUUUCGGCCUUGUGGCUGUCGAGUUUGGCCGCAAAGGCGCUCUUGGCAUCGGUGCUCGAGUGGGAGGACUCGGCCAAAUGCCUGGGUGGUGGUACACGGUCGAGUCAACGACAACAUCACAUCUGUUAAAACAGUUCAAACUUGCUAUCGACAGUGCUCUGAGCUCUAAACUUGAAGCCCGUGCCAUGAUGCGCGCAAGAUCUGCCAAACAGCGCUUCCCGGUUGCUCAAUGGAUCGAAGACUUGGAAAUCCUCCAAACCACUGCUAUCAGAAUUCAUGGCAAAGAACGUGCGAAGACUCAGCCUACACAAGCCACUGCUGGGUCUUAUAACGCAAUUUACGGAAUGAUGACUCCUCAAGCGACAAUGUCGAUGAGAUUCGGUGCGUCGAGUGGUACUGUGACUCCCCCGCUGCAAUCACCGAGCAGACCAGGAACAGUUGCAUCAAUGCAGCGCAAUUCAAUGAUAUAUAGCACGGAUCCUAGCCCUGGCUCUGAGGCAAUGCCCAGAUCAGCACUUGGCCGACAGAUUUCCUCUCUCGUCAGGCCAGUUUCUGCUUCGGCAGAAAGCCGUGGGCGCAGAUCCCAUGGCAAAGGAAGUGUUGUCGACGAAGAGAUUGUCAGUGUCACGCCUCUGGAUGCUGAAGAUGAUAGCGGUGAUGAGAUGAUGGCCACAUGCUACUACGAAGACGACUACACAGUAGUUUCCGAAUCAUCAGAUGGAGGACGUAGGCUGGACAGUGCCAGCAUUCCUCCUACUCGAGAUGUUCUUUCUGCACGCCAAUCAAGUCAAGGCUCUUUGGACGGUCGAUCUAGUGGCACGCCUUCGGGCUCUGCAGCGCCUAGCUUAACAGGGACAGAAGACACAUUACUUCCACCAUCGCUACCUUGGGCAGGCCCUGGAAGCCGUCUCAGCAGUGCGUCUGCGUUGUCUGUCGACUCUGUCGUUGGCGAUAAAAAGGAUUACAAGCUUCAAAAAGUCGACCCCUUCUUCACAGACAGCAAUGGAGAGUACUAUCGAGCGUUUGAAAAGAAAUUGGAAGAGCUUAAUGGCGCAAAUUCCGACUCACAACUUUGCAUCGAGCAGUAUCUUGAAAAGAGCGAGAAGAAAUGGUUUGAUCGGUUCAGAGAUGCUCGUUUGGGACGCAAUCAGUCUCCUGCUCCGUCCCUGCAGUUCGGCAAAAGUGGCGGUUCUUCUCCACCCGGUUCUAUCACCAACGAUGACACAACAUCCCAUGAGAGUGGUGUACCUGAACGGAAGGCCGACGAAUUCCUUCUAGGUGACGACUACGUACCACCGACAGGUUUAAAGAAAUGGAUGCAGUUACGAAUUGGAGACUGGCCUGUUUAUUCUCUUUUCCUCGGACUUGGCCAAAUAAUUGCUGCCAAUUCAUAUCAAAUUACCCUGCUCACCGGUGAAGUCGGCCAGACAGCAGCGAAGCUAUAUGGUAUAGCUACUGUUUACUUGAUCACGUCUAUCCUAUGGUGGUUUUUCUUCCGGUUUUUCAAAUCUGUGCUCGUUCUUACCGUACCGUGGUUCUUAUACGGCCUUGCGUUUCUUAUUAUUGGCCUCGCUCACUUCGAACCCAACUCUUAUCUCCGCGGAUGGAUUCAGAAUGUCGGUAGUGGCAUCUACGCUGCGGCAUCAUCGAGUGGCUCUAUCUUUUUCUCUCUCAAUUUUGGAGAUGAGAGCGGCGCACCUGUUAAACAAUGGGUUUUCCGUGCGUGCUUGAUUCAGGGUACGCAGCAGGUGUAUGUCAUUGCGCUUUGGUAUUGGGGAUCUACUCUGACAAAGGCAUCCAAUGCCGGAAAUAUUAAUUCUCAAGGACAUAUCACAAAUACCUGGAGAAUGACGGCCGUCUGUACUCCAAUCACAAUCUUCUUAUGGUCAAUCGGUUUGAUUGUCUAUUUCGGCUUGCCGAAUUAUUACCGCCAAACACCAGGCAAAGUGCCAUCAUUCUAUAAAUCUGUCUUCCGCCGCAAGAUUGUCCUUUGGAAUUGGGUCGUCAUCAUCCUUCAGAAUUUCUUCCUCAGCGCCCCAUACGGUCGAAACUGGAAUUUCCUCUGGAUCUCAAACCAUGCCAAGCCAUGGCAAAUUCUCUGCCUCUGCGUCGCAUUCUUCGGAUUUGCCUGGAUAGCAAUACUGUUCCUUCUAGGCUGGAUAUCCAAGUCCCACAGCUGGAUUCUUCCGAUCGUGGCCUGCGGCCUCGGUGCACCUCGUUGGGCUCAAAUAUGGUGGGGCACAUCUGGAUCAGGCCUGUUCCUCCCUUGGGCUGGUAGUUAUACGUCUGGAGCACUGGUAUCUCGAAGCCUGUGGCUCUGGCUAGGCGUUAUGGACGCGCUCCAGGGCCUUGGUUUUGGCAUGAUUCUGUUACAAACGCUUACCCGGAUGCACAUAUGUUUCACGCUUCUUGUUUCUCAAGUUCUUGGGUCUAUCGCGACUAUCUCCGCCAGGGCGUUUGCGCCAAACAGAAUCGGACCUGGUCCUAUUUCGCCUGAUAUAACUGCCGGUGCGGGGGCUUUGGGGAAUGCAUGGUUUUGGAUUGCACUUGUAUUCCAGUUGAGUAUUUGUGGCGGUUUUCUUCUGUUCUUCCGUCGGGAACAGCUGUCGAAGCCAUAA